GCGGUUGUGAGUGUCGAGUCGAUUCGCGGUUCGAUCAGUCUUGCGGCAGGACUCGAAAGUCGUGGAGGGUCCCUCGUGCGUGUUUGACCGUCGCUCGUCACCCGAGUGUUUCAAAAGCUCCGCGCACAUCUUCCAGCGUUUUGCCCAUAAAUAAAAAUAGUAGAUUACAAUUGUCCGAUUAAUUAUUCACGUUCAACGUCGGAAUUUGCCCAGGAAUAAACGAAUUGGGUCGCGACACAUUUGUGCACGAAUGAAACAACGCUAAAGGUCCGAGGCUAUUUUGGUGAUGGUUUAAACUCGUCGCGGAACUCGUCGACAACGUUGGGAUCGAGCGAAUGAUAUUUUGAUUAAUUUGUUUUUCUACUGUGGUGUGAACGUGUACUGUGCUUACGUUUAUUACGUUUCAUUAAUGGUGCGAUACGCCUCGUUCGACAACGAACCAAUGAAGUCGAAUAAAAGGGAUUACACUUAGGUACGCAGAAAAUGUGUAACGAGGCUCUGGAGCACUAGCCGAUACGAGAUCACCGCGAGAUCAACUGACCACCGGGAACACCUGAUACGUAAAUAACAACCACUGGAGCGUCAAGUUUUCGUUUAGUGGAGGAGAAAAACGGAGCGAGAAAACUCGAGGGCUCAAUUCGAACGGCGAAACCCGUACCACUGGGCUCGAUCUACGUCAUCGACGUCAUCUCCAUUGUCGUUGCUCUCGAUCAGUCGUCUCUCUCGAGACGAAAGUUUCGUGGCGAGCUACGAUCUCGACCGAUCCACCGAAUCAUCGAGCUCUUCGGUCCAACGCUCUUUCGUGAUCCUGUUUCUUCGAACCUAACGAGCACGAUGCAGAACGUCGAGGCGGGUAUCGUCGACGGCAAUCCGAUGACACCGAGCACAGUCCUCGCUACCCCGGGACUCAACAACGCGACAUGGAACCGACAACAGGCCGUCAGCGUCAGACACGCCUUCAAGACGUACGGAAGCAGCAAAAACCCCAAUCCUGUCAUACAGAAUCUCAGUAUGACAGUUGCCAAGGGCUCCAUAUACGGUCUCCUGGGCGCGAGCGGCUGCGGCAAAACGACUCUUUUAUCCUGCAUCGUCGGACGCCGGCGAUUGAACUCCGGUGAAAUAUGGGUCCUCGGGGGCAAACCUGGAACCAAGGGAUCCGGCGUGCCCGGCAAACGCGUCGGCUAUAUGCCCCAGGAAAUCGCUCUAUACGGGGAGUUCACCAUUCGCGAAACGAUGAUGUACUUCGGAUGGAUCUUCGGCAUGGGCACCGCAGAGAUCGUCGAGAGGCUGCGGUUUCUGCUCCAGUUUUUGGAUCUUCCUUCUCAGAAUCGACUCGUCAAGAAUCUCAGUGGUGGACAGCAAAGACGCGUGUCCUUCGCAGUCGCUCUGAUGCACGAUCCAGAACUUUUGAUCCUUGACGAGCCCACGGUCGGUGUCGAUCCUCUUCUGAGGCAAAGUAUCUGGAAUCAUUUGGUUCAAAUAACGAAGGAUGGAAACAAAACCGUGAUUAUAACAACGCAUUACAUCGAAGAGGCUCGUCAAGCGCACACCAUCGGCUUGAUGAGAAGCGGCAGAUUAUUGGCCGAGGAAUCGCCACGGGCUCUUCUGACGAUGUACAAUUGUCCAUCGUUGGAAGACGUUUUUCUGAAACUUUCGAGAAAACAGGGCCAGUACAAUCAGCCGACCACGGAAUUGAACAUCUCCAACAACAUAAGUUUGGCUUCCUUGAAUUGGGGCAAGAAGGACGAACCUGUUUACGUUACCGAGGAAUCUGGCGUGGUCGGACUCAAUUUCCAUCAGAGCAAAGAAGUCCUCAUCCAUGAUACGACCAAUGGAGUUGGCAGCCAUUACGACUUGAAUGGUAAACCACUGCCUGGCACGAAAGGUGACACGACCGUGGAAUGCGACGAUUGUAACUUCGCCGAUUGCAUCUACAAUCUGACGAGUGUUGGGAAGAUCAAAGCACUGUUGCAGAAAAACUUUCUUCGUAUGUGGAGAAACGUCGGCGUCAUGCUUUUCAUCUUCGCGCUACCGGUGAUGCAGGUGAUUCUAUUCUGUUUGGCAAUUGGAAGAGAUCCGACGGGCCUCAAAUUGGCAAUUGUCAACCACGAAAUGAACUGGGAAAACAAAUCUUGUCCUAUCGCCGAAGGUUGUCACUUGACGCACCUCAGUUGUCGUUAUUUAAAAUUUCUCGAUAACGAAACAAUGAUAAAGGAGUAUUACGAGGAUCCGGAAUCUGCGAUGGAAGCUGUUCGCCGAGGUCAGGCCUGGGGCACUUUAUACUUCACCGAAAAUUUCACGGACGCCUUGCUGGCUCGUAUGAUGUUGGGUAACGGUGCUGAUGAGGAAACUCUCGACCAGAGUGAAAUAAGAGUUUGGCUCGACAUGUCGAAUCAGCAGAUCGGUUUGAUGCUCGCCCGAAAUCUCCAGUACUCUUAUCGAGACUUUGCUCAAAAUUUGCUAUCAGACUGCAACGAAAAUACGAAGCUCGCCGACGUUCCGAUUCAGUUCAAAGAGCCGAUUUACGGGUCGAACGAGCCGAGCUUCACGGACUUUGUCGCACCGGGAGUCAUUCUCACAAUCGUCUUUUUCCUGGCAGUAGCUCUGACCUCAUCGGCAUUGAUUAUCGAAAGAAUGGAGGGACUUUUGGACCGGAGCUGGGUCGCCGGUGUCUCGCCCGGUGAAAUUUUGUUCUCCCACGUCGUUACGCAAUUCGUCGUCAUGUGUGGACAAACGACUCUCGUUCUCGUCUUCAUGAUUCUCGUCUUCGGAGUCGAGUGCAAGGGUGACAUUGGCUGGGUCAUUAUUCUCACGAUCCUCCAGGGCCUUUGUGGCAUGUGUUUCGGUUUUGUCAUUUCGGCUAUUUGUGAACUCGAGAGAAACGCCAUACAGUUGGCUCUUGGCAGUUUCUAUCCAACGCUUCUACUGAGCGGUGUAAUAUGGCCGGUGGAAGGAAUGCCAACUGUGUUACGAUACGUGUCCCAAGGGCUUCCCCUAACGAUGGCGACAACGUCACUGCGUUCGAUGUUGACGCGAGGCUGGACGAUCACGGAGCCGGACGUGUACAACGGUUUCAUUUCGACGAUCGUUUGGAUCGUUGUUUUUCUCACGAUAAGCAUGCUCGUUCUCAAAUUUAAGCGAGGAUAAAAAAACACAUGGGGGAGAGUGUACGUGUUGAGUCAGGCGAUCGGUAGAACCGAACAAAGGAAGGAAAGAAAAAAGAGUGUCUUCGAGCGUGCUCUGUGUGUCUGUACGUAUGUGCGUUCGUUUCUGCGUAUGUGUGUUGUGUUGUGUGUACAGUAUUUAGAAUAUAUGAACAAAAGUAAGAUGGCUGAAAGCAGCCGACCUGUGUGCGGAGCCUGCGAAACGAACGGUUAAAGAAAAACAGGGAAAAGGUGAUGGAAAACGAAUCCUGAAGUUUUAGUACACUUAAAUAACAUCAGUCGAUCCAACGAUAGAAGAAGGAACUGAAAUCAAUCAAGGUUUGAUCAGACGCUACACGUUCUUACAGCGAAAUCCAAGCCAAUUUAGUGCAAUCGCGGUUACGGUUUUUUUUAUUCCACAACGAAGAGCUGGAAGAACAAGUCUCCAAAAGCUUCGAGCCCGAGGCUCGUAGAUGACAAAAACAAAAUAUUUUUCGUACGUACCAGCAAUUCGAAUUUCCCAGCCACUCAGUUAUAACAGUUUCGUUGCCGUUCUUUGUGCGGGGACGAGCAAUUUAUUCAAACAGGAUAUUUCUUCUAUGAUUGGUGUGGAAAGACUCUUGUUUAUUCGUAAAUAUUUUUUUAAACAUCCUCGACGAAAAAACGUCACGAGACGUUCGUUUUAAUGUUUGUUCAACGUUUUUUUUCUUCUCCAUUCUAUGUUAAUAUCUUGCUGUUCUUUUUUGUUUUCUUUUGUAUUUUCGAACAUUUGUUCAAGCCCGUCCAAUAGGAACAUCGGUCCGUCCUAAUGUCGUUAUUAAUAUUUUCAUUAUAAAAUUAUAAUUUUUUUUAUCGAAAAAAAACGUUAGCUUACGAUCUUCACGAGGAAGAAACGCUUUUCGAAAUGUGCUCUUACUUUCCAUGGCCCAGGUGUUUGCGACGAAGCUCGUGAGAAAUUUUGUACCUUUGUAAAGUAGUGGUCGCUGACGCAUCAGAUUUUUUAGGAUGAAAAUGUGGAAUAAUCGUCGAUUUUUUAUAAAACGCAUGGUUUUUUGUUCUUUUUCGCCACGGAGAAUAUCGAACGAUGCGCAUUUUCGUGUCGUAAUCUUGACCAAGUCAACUCUUCUUUGAAGCAUUUGUACCAUAUUGUUUUAAUCGUAUCUCCUUCGAGUGCUUCUAUCAUCGACGCCCACUUGAUCCGAGCAACUCGUAUCACGAAAGCUACUCGCAUAUUUCAUAAUGAAACCCAAUUGAAUGCAAAUCGUACGGACGACCGCAAUUGCUCUUUGUUUAAAGCAAUCAUGUUGAUUGCUAAUUAAAUUAUUACGAUCGUUAUUACCAAUUGCGAUUUCUCGACUGAGAAUCAACGCCGAUUGGCCAAAAUUGAAUUUACGUUUUAUUCCAACAUUCCAAUGGACAUUCGAUUUAUCUAUUAAUUGCACUUUUUAUACAAGCUCUUAUCUUAUUGAAAGGUCGUACCAAUCAAACAUUUUCUACUUUUUGAACAAAUAAAGAAUUUACAAAAUGCAUUGUCGCGUCCUAACCUAAAAACCUAAACAGCAACGCGUAAACCCGAACAAACUUGAAAUUAAAGAAAAUCUAUUUAUAUUAAUUUAUUCAUUCGGUCGGAACGAUUCAGCUGAUUCGGCGAUAAUUCAUUUCUAUGACAAAUCCUAGAGUAAUUAAAAAAUUAUUACAAAAUCUCAAACUACCGGUUCGAUAAAUUUAUUUUAUUUUUUUGUCUGUCAAUACGACAACCAUUUUCUUCCUUUUGACGUAAUGCGACGGUUUUAUAUUUGAAAAAUGAAUAGAAGGUUGCUAGUUAUGGGUUAUUUUCCUAAAGAGUUCAACAGUUCAACAAUUUUUGAAAAAUCAUACUCCCAAAAAAUGAAUGUUUAUUCUUUUAAUAAUAAAUCACGUGUAAGAAAAAAAUGCUUCGAAACAAGAAACUGUCUGCUCUGUUAAGAUGAUUUGGUAGAAUUUUUAUAAAUUAUCGUUUUGAUGUAGUGCGAAAAAAAUGUUUAAUUUAUUCGACAGAUAAUAAACACUAAGAAAAUCGACGGUGGAAAAAAUGUUUUGUAAUUAUUUUUGCGUGUUUGUGUCCGUUGUCAAUUGAUAUUUCUUUUAAAUUAAGAAACUAGGUAAUAGUUGGCUAGCUGUAGGACAACUGUACUUGCCCAUGACUUAAGUGUACGUUUUAUUUAACUUUUAAUAAUAACAAAUAUAAAAAAGAA